GGCUUAUUAUGAUUAUCAAUCAAUUGAGUACAGAAUUAGGAUUGCAAGAAUUGUCAUUGACACAACCACACCUUACCACCAUUGAUAAACUUAUGUUUAUUGUUAGGUUUUAUGAUCAGGCACAUAUGUUGACGUUCAAGAUUUCGGCUUAUGUAUUGGGAGUAGUGUUAUGUGUGAGAUUUAUUAAAGGAAUAUUAAUCAAUAAGCUUAAUAGGAAACUGGCUGUUUAUUUUCCGGAAUUGUUAUUGAUGGUGAUUGUGGCUACUUUCCUCUGCUACCAGUACAAUUGGGCUAGUGAAGGAGGUGUCAAAAUUGUUGGGAAUAUUAAACGUAGUUCAUCGACUUUUCACUUGGAGAAUCCAUUCCGAUUACUCAAAGUUUACAAGCAUACUUUCUCAACAGCAUUUCUCUGUACCAUCUUGGGAUAUUUUGAUUCAACGACAGCGGUGAAGGCAUUAGGUGCCAAGUACAACUUCAAUGUCAGUUCGAAUAGAGAAUUGGUGGCAUUAGGUGUGACUAACUUUGUCAUUGGGUUGUUUAGUGGAUUACCUUCGUUCGGCGCAUUGGGAAGAUCUAAAAUCAACAUAUUAGCAGGAGCAAAAACGCCCAUGGCUGGGAUAAUAAUGAGUGUGGUUAGUAUCUUUGUUGCAGUGUAUUUAUUGCCAUAUUUGUACUACCUUCCUGAAUGUGUGUUAUCGUUGACUACUACAAUUGUUGGGUUGACUGUUCUUCAGGAAGUCCCUUCUGAUUUGCGAUUCUUCUUCAAGAUUAGAGGAUACGAUGAGAUAGUUACAUUUUUUAUGAUUUGUGGUGUUACUAUAAUCUGGAGCGCAGAAGCUGGUGUCAGUUUGGGUGUGCUUGUUGCUGUAGCACGUGUAAUUAAACAUAGCACCAGGUCGCGAAUUCAAGUAUUGGGAAGAAUCCCCCAUACCACUGUUUUCAGAGAUGCGGAUAUGUUAAUCGAGGAAAGUUUUGCUUCGUUUCAAGGACAGAGUGAUGGAUAUGACGUCGAGGAAGAGGAUGUGUUGGCGAUGAAUUACAGUCAAAGAGAUAAACUUUCUAGUUUGAUUGCUGAGAUUGAAGAAAUUGAAGGGGUAUUGCUCAUUAAGAUUCCUGAACCAUUAAAUUUUGCCAAUGUUGGCGAUGUGAAAAAUAAGUUGGUAAGAAUUGAAAGAUACGGUUCGUUGCUUGUACAUCCUUCGCAACCCACAAGACGUGAUUUGCAAUCGAUAAAAUAUAUUAUAUUUGAUUGUAAAGGUAUGACUGAGAUCGAUGCCUCGGCUACUCAAGUGUUGUAUGAAACACUUCGGAGGUAUAUUUGUGAUGAAAAGAUUACUGUUUUCUUUGCCCGAAUUCCUACCGGUAAGCACUGUCGUGAUAAGUUGAAAAAGUCGGGUAUUGUAAACCUUGUUAACAAGUCAUAUAAGAGAUUUGCAAAUAGUAAUCGAAGUAUGUCGAGUACAGAUUUGACAUUGACGGCUGUUGGGUUAGGUGAUGGUUUCUUUUUAAGUAUCGAUGAAGCUUUAAAGACCAUUGGUGUUCACAAUGUGUAACUUUUGCUAGUCACUUUUAGAUUACGGUCUUGUGGGGUUCAACAUUUCUUUUUUUCUCGCAUUGGCCAAUAGAUGAAAAUUGCGGUGCAAUGACCAAACUUUCUGCGAAUGAUAAGAAACUGGAAUUUCCCAAAGCUUCAACUAAACUUUAUAGAUUCAUAGUUUACAUUCGAAGUAGAACAAUAUGAGUGUCGGGUU